AUGGAGAUGUCAUGGCAGAGCUGGCUCUCCGAUGAUCUGAACAACAAUGUGGUCACCGUCACCACCACAGACGGUGGCGAUGCCGCCAUUACAACCCCUACCGUUGACGAUUCCGGCAGCCAGCCAAAGCUUAACAGCUCCAGCUCAGUCCUCUCAGAACUCGCCGCCAGUUUAUCUGACAAACCUGCUGCUCCGACCGCAGUAUGGUCUCCAUCGGCUUACAUUCUGUCUUUCAAUAACUCAACGGUAUUACCGGCCUCCAUGGAUGAAUGUGCAGUGAAGAGUUCUAAUAACGAGCAUCAAUCAGAGAGUGGCACUGCACGAGGAGGCACAAAACGAACCCUAGAAGACGGCCCUAAUAAUGACACAAGGGCAAAACAAGGGACAAAGAAAACUAGAAGUUCAUCUGAGACAUUGGAUCAUAUAAUGGCUGAGAGAAAAAGGAGACAAGAACUCACUGAGAAGUUCAUUGCACUCUCAGCUACAAUCCCUGGUCUGAAGAAGAUAGACAAGUCUUCUAUACUUAGCGAAGCUAUCAAUCACGUGAAGAGUUUUCAAGAACGAGUUAGGGAGUUAGAGGAACAGAACAAGAAGAUAAGUGCAGAAUCAUCAGUAGUGUUGUGUAGAAAGAAAUCGAACCAGGUGCUCAACCCAGAUGAUGAAAUGAGCUGUGAUUAUGAUAAUAAUUGCUUCAGAAGUAGUAGUAAUAAUGAAGCACUGCCUCAAGUGGAAGCAAGAUUUUUAAACAAAGAGAUUCUCAUCAGAAUCCACUCUGAGAAACAAAAUGGCAUCAUGCUUAACAUUUUGUCUUUUCUUAGAAAUCUUCAUUUCUCCAUAAUCAGUAGCAGUGCCUUACCAUUUGGGCCCUCCACUCUUGAUAUUACCAUUAUUGCUGAGGUUGGUGACCAAUGCAAAAUAUCAGUGAUGGAAGUUGUGAACAAGAUGAGAAUGGCUCUGUUGAAGUCAUCUGAGAACAAGAAGUGA